AUGGACGCCUCAACAAUAACCGCCAUUGCCGCCCUCAUCGUCGCCAUAAUCGCCUUCCUCGUCGCCUGCGCUCAAGCAACGCAGCAAUAUUUCAUCACCGGCCAGAAUAUCCGGCUCUGUGACAGUGUUGUUUUCGCUGAUAUGCCCGGUCAGGGCCGGCGGAUUUGGGAGACGCGACAGUGGCGGUUUAGGGUCGUAUAUCAAAUUCCUGUUAUCUCGUUGCCUAGUUCGUUUUGGCCAAGGACGUCGAGCGUGAGGUUUGCGGAGAGGAGGUGGGGGUUGCCUGAUUUGAGUGGGAGGGGGGUGGCCGGUGAGUUCGGAGGGAUUGGAGAUGCGAAUGGCUUUGAGGUUGUUGGCGGGGCUAAGAUGGGUGGAGGAGGGGUGGAAAUCAGACAGCCGUUUAUUGCGGAGAGUGAGGAGGAAUUUUCUGGUGAUGAUGAAGGACCGAAAUCGAAAGCGGUUGGACCGAGGACUGGUGAAGCUGCUUGGGUAUCAGCCAUCCAUUAUUCGUGUUGGCAGGACGUUCGUUAUGAUCUCGUCGAGAGAGAUGUAGAUCGAUGUCCAUCUGAUCUCCCUUCUGUUCCCAUGCCGCUUUCCAUGAGAGAUGUGGUUGUAAUGGCACUUGCCACUGGGAUGAAUUGCACCGACGCUUCCUUUGCUGGAAGAACAAUUUCUAUGCAAGGCGCCGCUGGAAUCUUGACCACCUCUCAGCACCCAGUUCUUGGUCCCCUCAUUCACUUCACCCCAGGCGAUACCCGCCUGUUACAUGGCAUUGUCAGUUCCGGUAUAAUCCCACUUCAUUGGCUGUACAGGACCUGGGACGCUUGUCCUGUUUCCAAUCGCCAUUUCACCUUGUCGCAGAGACGACAUGUAGAAAAGACUGCGGGUAUUUGGAUUCAUAGAAUCCGCUCCUCUACGGCAACCACGAGGAAUUCUUUGGCUGCGCAAACGCCUGGUACGAAGAAGGAGAAUCGUAAUAAAAGUGGGGAGAGAAAAAAGAUUGUGGUAGAUGAUAAGUUGGACGAUCCUCCGUCGGCAGGAAUAUUCAUUCAACCUCCAUUGUCGCAACGGGGCGGUUUUCACGAUGGUCGGUGGUCUUUAAGAGUGCAUGAUCCUCGCAGUCAAAUGACAAUUAUUUCUCCGCCCGCAUCGAAACGUCCAACCCGCUCGCGAGCCAGAAAGUCCCGUCGUGAAAGUAGUCACGGGGCUACUGGAUUUUACGAGAACGUUCUUCCAGAGCCGAAACUUCCUGAAGAAGAUCCCCGGCCACAACCAACUAAAAAGCCAUACCAGGCAACGGUAGAAGAUAUGGACCCAGAUGAGUCUGAACCGCAACAGCAAGAUUCGUCCUCAAAACACAAAAGUAGAAGUCAUAAUAUGACUGUUACUAGUUCACACGGGGGGAUACACAGCCGUAUAAAACCAAUCGGGAAAAUGGCUGACCCCCAAGAAACCUUGCGUCGAGAGAUAGUUCAAAAACAAAUGGAACGUAACGCCAAAGCCGCUAAGGUUGCAGAUGAUGAGGUUAUGGUCGACGAGAUUAAUCAAUCAGGAAGAACAACAAAGGCUGAAUCAGAAAGACUGCUGCUUGAGUGGGGAGUUAAACAGACAAAGCCACUCACGGAAGAGGAGCUCAAAGCUAUUGAAAGAGAGAAGGAAAGACAAAAGCAACGAAAAGCCAGAGAACAGCGCGAUGAAGAACGUCAGAAGAGAAAUGAAGAGAACUAUAACGUAGAUUAUGCCUACGGCCGAGUGAACUGGUUCUGGCUAUCGCAAACAGACAUCGUUCCCGGAUACUGGGCUACGCCAUGGCGAAAUUUCCAAGCACUUACCCCGGAUGUGUGUUCAGGAGCUGAAAUCAUCAUCCUCAACGCGCUUAGCGGAUUCACGGAUAGCAAUAGCUUGCGUUAUGUCGACCACUGGAAAGGUCUCGACGAGCCAGCUAUGAACUGGGUGCUACACGGCCGUCCUACAUUCCCUGGCUACGCACUCAACGCUCGCGGAGGAGUCGUCUGUAGUGGCGAUUACCCAGCCGUCAAGGUCGAUGUCUUCAAAGACAUGAUUCCAGCACUCGAACUCUAUAAAUCGUACGACUACCAAAUCCGUCGGGAUCGCCGCAUGACAACUCGUUCCUGCCAGAAAGAACUCCUCGAGCUCAUGCGUCUUGACGCUUGGCUCUCCCUCUGCGGCAGGACAGACGAAAUCCAACAUGGGCGAAAUGAUCUGAUCAAGCAAACGCCCGCCAUGGUGCAGCUCGUGCUCGGGGAGUUUGAGUACGAUUUUAUGCAGUUGGAUCGCAGUGAUCAUGAGGGUGGCAUGCAGGUUAAUCAGGCGCUGGCGGCUAAUGUGAUGGAUUUCUUGCUGGAUGAGGAGUUGUCGGGCGCGGAACAGUUGUAUGUGCUUGUGGCGCUUUUGAGGACGGUUAAGGUUGGGUUGGGGGUUGUGGAGGGCCCCGAUACGGGGUUGUUGGAGGGGAUUUUGAGGGAGGAUAUUCAGAAACUUGUUGAAGCCGUUCAAUUCUCUACUGUAAAUAGUACCCUUCCACUUCAAGAGGACCAGAGUCAAAUGUUGACUACUGUCAAUAAUGAAGCUAAGGUUCGGCGGCCAACCGAAUCUUUAACUCUAGGAAAGGGAGUGAGGAGGUUCAUGAGCUAUGAAGAGCUCGAGGAGGUGCAAGCGAAACGUGUGAAAAAGGAGCGCACGGACUUAAUGCAAGGCGAAAGAAAAGCGAUCGAGAAUGGAAGGUAG